AUGGAUGCCGAGACACGGCAUAAUUUCACUGAAGCGUGCCAUUUGAAAUAUGAAUUAAAUCGAAUAUAUCCUACGAAUUAUAUAAGUGAAUGUAUCAAUCAUUUGUGUUCAAAUCAACAAUUAGACCCAAUGGGUUUCGGCUUAAUGCUACCCAAUUUAGCUAGCGUGUUGUGCAAUAAUUCAACAGUUUUACGUGAUAAUCAAUUUCGAUCUGCUAUCAAUAUUUUUUCAGUAUUAGUAGCCUGCCCAACAUAUGGAAAAUCCUCACUGUUUUCAAUAUUUCGAAAAGCAAUUAAUUUUGUAAAAAAAAUACGACCAAAAAAGUUUUAUAAUGAAUCUACCAAAAUGACAUUUGUGAUCGUUGAUGAAUUUUCAGAUGCGGGUAUUCUAAACCAUUUAGAUCGGUCAACAAAAUGGCUGCUUUUUGAUGAAGCAGACGAUCAGUUUGACAAUAUCGGAUUAAUUAAACAACAAAAAGGAAAAAAAUCAAAAAGCGCAAAUCCGUUCGAUUGUCGUAGUCUUAUGAUGCAGUUGUGGAAUGGACCAGACGAUUAUACAAAAGUAUUAAGUGCUGAACUUCAACAGUUAGAAUCGGCUCGAGUUAUUCUUACUGGAGCAUCAACUGGUGAGAUGAUACAAACCGUAAAUUCACCACGACGACCAAAAACAGAAACUGAAAAUAAAGUCGAUCCAAUGAUUGAAAGAAUAAUGUUUUUCGCACUCGCAUCUGAACUUCGUUUAACAUCCGAAAGAACAAAAUUAUUCAAUUUUUCAACAUACCCAUCACUGGAACAAUUAGCACUAGUAUUAAGUUUUCUUGAAAAUGUAGUGUUGAUGUUUGACGAUGAUGCGAACAAACGUGUGAAUGACUACGGUGAUGAAUUGUUCAAACAAGCUAAUUCCACCUUAAAUCAACAUCUCCAAUGUAGACUGACAAAAACGCAUUCUCAAAUUUUACGUUAUAUUAGUUCCGUUACGCUUAUUGAAUGUGCAUUUGAUGUUUUGAAACUUUAUCGCGAAGCAAAUUUAACAUUUGAUAUGAGAGCAACUACAAAUGAACAGUUUACGGAAAGCGUUGAAAGGUUGAUUAAAGAAAACUAUGGUAAAAAAAUUAAUAACUCGGCAAUAACAUCAGUAACAACAACUACCACAUUAACACAUUUAAAUCCACAAAAGAACGACUGCUUGAUUGUAAAUUUAGCUAUAGUUGAAAGUGCAAUCUAUUUGAUUGAAAUGAAUUUAAAACAAUACACAACUUUAUUUAAUUGUGAAAGCAGAUCAUCAGCACCAUUACAAUCAACAGUAACAACUACUCAAUUAGUAUCAUCAUCGACCUCACUAACUCCAGCAAUAGGAGAUAAUACAUUACAACAAGUUUAUCGUGAUAUUUUACAAUUUUCUUCAAUUGCAUUUACAAAAACUAAUUUAUAUGAAAAUUCGUUUCUGAAAAGAAACAAUAAAUUGAUUGGUCUUGCUCUGGCUCAUCUUGCUGAUAUUGAAAAACUAUUAUUGCAUUAUCCAAGUGGGGGAUUUAAUGGCCUUACAUCUGUAAAAAUUUAUGUUAAAAUGUUGCCAAUCAGAGAAACAGCAGCAGAAAUUAUUGAUUACGAUACAAAAUUAAAUAAAUAUGGUUUAGACUAUGACCGUUUUAAAAAGUCAUGUAAUAUGUUAACAUUUUUUCGUGAUAAUAAUAAAAUGAAACUUAAACUAGAAGCAUAUAGACAAAUAACAAGUAAUGUAUACACUACAGUCUUACAACAGGAUACUCUAGAAUUUUUAUAUACACCACCGGACUUAACUGAAUCAAAAUCAAAACUUACAACAAAUAACGACCAUGAUGAUCAAAGUGUUUUAUUAGCAACAGUACAUACGCAACCCGAUCCACGUUUACAAUCACAAUCGACCACUUUGCUAUUAUCAGCAGCACCACAACCCACAGUGAUACCACGUCAACAACCCGAUACAUUACUAAUCUCUCAACCGCCAAAUGCUGGUAAGAAACCGCAUAAAAAGAAUAAAAUUUUCUAUUUUCAUUCAAUUGUAGCUGAAACAACUACCGAUGGAACGAUGUUACAAGGUGCUCCCACAGAUGAAGAUGAUUUUAUUGACAGUAGCGUUCUCCCAUUAACAGCUUUAAAUGGAAAACAAAGUUACAAUGUUUCAAUGACAGAUCUUUCUAAAGAUGACGAAACUUCGUGCAUGUCAAUUCAAUCUAAAGAUGGUGAGACAGAAAGUAAUGUUAAUGAUCAUACAAUACAAGGGUCAUCAACAGUUUUAUCCAAUGUAGCUACUCACGCUAGUCAAGAUGAUGGUAUAUCUUCACGAACACGACAUAAACAGUAUCGAAGAAAAUAA